UCAGUUUGUCUACGAUCAAUCAACCGUAUCAAUCAAAGUAAAAAUGGCGCCCCGCAACAAGGAACAGGAAGCCGAGGUACUGCAGUGGAUCAGCGACGUGCUGGGCGAAAAGUUGCCGCCCGGACCGUACGAGGACGUCCUGAAGGAUGGUGUUGUGCUGUGCAAGCUGAUCAACAAGAUGGCACCCGGCUCGGUAAAGAAGAUCCAGGAGCGUGGCACCAACUUCCAGCUGAUGGAAAACAUUCAACGUUUCCAGGCCGCCGUCAAGAAGUACGGUGUGCCGGAGGAAGAAAUAUUCCAGACGGCUGAUCUGUUCGAGCGGCGCAACAUCCCGCAGGUGACGCUCUGUCUGUACUCGCUCGGAAGAAUUACCCAAAAGCAUCCCGAAUACAAUGGACCAACACUUGGUCCGAAAAUGGCGGACAAGAACGAGCGCAACUUCUCCGAGGACCAGCUGCGGGCUCAUCACGGCGAGCUGAACCUACAGAUGGGCUACAACAAAGGUGCCUCGCAGGCGGGCUUGGGCUCGUUCGGCAACUCCCGCCAUAUGUAG